AUGCUGAAACCGGCAGCAUGCCUGAACCGACGCCUGAACUGCCUCACCUCGGGCUCCGACACGACAGUCCGCUCAUCCGUCCACUUCCUGGAAAGACUGAAAGGGCUGCAAAUUGACACAGACGAGGUCAUGGUGUCGUUCGAUGUAACCUCGCUUUUCACCUCGAUCCCGAAGGAUUUGGCAAUUGAAACUGUCAGCGACCUCCUCGACGACCAAUACACGGAGGCAAACAAUACUCCGAAGCGGGGACACCUUGUCCAACUGCUUAAAUACUGCCUCCAAACAUUCUUCACAUUUGAAGGGACGGUAUACGAGCAAAUCAAAGGUACGCCGAUGGGCUCACCACUAUCCGGUUUCAUCGCUGAAGCUAUUCUUCAAAGAUUAGAGACGUCGGUGUUCGCAACAUAUAAACCAAAGUUUUGGGCGCGGUAUGUGGACGACACUUUCGUCGUUCUCAAACGGGAAAUAGUACUGAAUUUUCACGCGCUACUGAACUCUGUUCUUCCCGAUAUUCAAUUCACCAUGGAGACAGAGAACAACAAUCAGAUCGCCUUUCUAGACGUUCUGGUCCAUCGCAAGGUCAACGGGAGCCUGAAAACGACGGUCUACAGAAAGGCCACUAACACGCGCCAGGUCAUGUCCUACCACAGCAAUCAUCCGCGGUGUCACAAACGAAGCUGUGUUCGAUCUCUUUACAAGAGAGUUGACACUCACUGCAGCGAACCGGCCGACAAGAUAGCCGAAUUCCACUAUCUACGGCGGAUGUUCACCUCCAACGGUUACCCCCGCAGUAUUAUUGAACGCAGUAGACUGUCCAGAACAACCAUGAAGUCAACGGCAAAUCAGCCGAAAGUCUGGCGAGCGCUGCAAUGCAUUGCGAAUGUUUCCGAGGCAGUUUCUCGUAUUUUGCAACCAUUGGGUAUCGGCAUCGCCCAUAAACCCGAAGCGAAAAUUAGACGUCUGGUCAUGAGACCAAAAACGCCCCUGCCACGAGGCGAAACCGCCAAUGUUGUCUAUCGGAUCCCGUGUACCUCCUGCGAAGCCAACUACGUUGGGGAGACUGGGAAGAGAUUGCAGACCCGCAUGGACGAGCAUGCAAGAGCGGUGAGAAGAAUGGAUCAGCUCUCGCUGGUGGCGUAA